CAAUUUAAACAAAUAUUUUAGUGGCAAGUAAUGAAACAAAUCUCUGCCUUAUCGAUACACGUUACAUAGAAAGUAAAUACAUCUCUAGCGUGACAUAGAUUUUUUUCUAGCCUUGAAUAAAUUAUUUAUCGAAAUUUAGACAUUUUUAUAUAAUUUAUAAUAAAUUAAUUCUUUUAUUUACGAAAAUGUUGCUUAGUACUCAAUUUGAAUCGCGCGCCAAGUUCGACCAAUGAGUGAGCUUCCCUGACGCAAGCGCAGAGAAACAGUUUGUUCACAUUGCGAUCGCUGCUCAGUACCGUGCACGACGCGAAUCGGGUUGAACGUCGUUUGACGGGUCAGACGUACCCUCCGAUGCGGAAUCGGCGGUGCCGGUCGCCGGUGGAGGAACAAACCCCUCGUUUCCAAAAGUGAAUUUUUUUUACGUCCAAAAAUGAAGUUGUCAAAGGAACUCGCGGCCUCGGUCCCGCUUUACGUUUUUGUUAUUUUGUGCAUGUGCAAACCCAGCGAAGGAUUUUCGCGAUAUAGAAGAACGUCUAGUCGAAUCGGUAACGAUAGUGCCAAUUCUGGCAACUGCCAAGCUGUCAAGUCAUUUUUUGAUAGUCAGAACAUCACGAUCACGACGUCCGAUGAACCACUGGCGAACGCAGACAGGAUCUGUAAUGGACGUUGUUGCAAUCGUGAAGCAGAAGAGCAUCUUCAGGUUCAAGCCAGGGAAGACUUUCAUAGUUUGAUCCAUCACCAUAGUAGAACUCUGCAGGGCCUUCUGGCAACCACAGCCGAUGCUUUGAGAGAAACCGUAACGGCGCUAGCUCGUCAGUCGGAGAACAAAACGCUGAUACUCUUCGACCAGGUGUAUCGAUCAAUGGCCGUGAUGAGUAAGCCGUCAAUCGAGGCCCUCUAUCAUGCAAUGGUGGAAUAUGUCUCGCCCAGGAACACACCUGACAUUCUCCAGCAGCCUCUGUCCCGCGAUAUGCUGCAGGAGCGAUUUGCCGAGUUCUUCAUGCGACUCUUCCCGAUCGCCUACCAUCGGACCAUCAAUCCAAUUCAUCAGGAUUUCACCGACAGCUUCAAGGAUUGUCUCUAUAAAGCGAUGGACGAGAUCCAGCCGUUUGGCGACAUCCCUAAGCAAAUCUCACGCUCAGUGGGAAAGAGUCUUGAAGCCACCAGAGUAUUGGUUCAAGCUCUCACAAUUGGCAAAACUGUCCUCGAUAAAACGGACAGUGUGCUUUUCUCCGGAACUAGUCUUCAGCAAGAAAGUUGCUACAGAGCUUUACUUCGCAUGACACACUGUCCCAAGUGCAAGGGCAUUGCAUCCUCAGUCAAACCUUGCAAGGGUUUUUGCACCAAUGUUGUGAGGGGUUGCCUGACGGAACCGGCAUCGGAACUCGACCUUGCCUGGUCCGGCUACGUGGAAACCGUCGAAAGACUGGUUGUUGCUGUCGACGGUGUUAGCGAUACUCUCGGCUUGAACGCCGAAAGGGCGGUCAGACAGCUGGACACCCGCAUUUCGGACGCCAUUAUGCACGCGAUGGAGAACGGGCCCGCUCUCGAGGAAAAGGUUCGAAAGGUAUGCGGUCGACCAGAAUUGCGACCCAUGGAAGAUUUGAAAACGAGCGUCGCUACUUCCACAAAAACUGGAAGAUCAUCUUCAAUCUUGGAGCAGCACGUAAAUAUCGCAUCGAUUCAUCCUCAAUCGUUUUCACCUCACAGGACAUCCUGGUCCACUCAAUUGCACGCACAGCUUGGCAACUUUUUGGCUAGUGUCGUCAGGUCACGCUCCUUUUACGGCACCCUAGCAGACAACAUUUGCGAAGACUAUCCUGACGAAAGAUGUUGGAAUGGAGAACGAGUUGGAGAGUACGCAAAGACUGUGGUGGAUUCGAGCCUCACCGCCCAGAAAUACAAUCCUGAAUUCACGUUGACGACAACAUCAGGCAAUGGCAGUAAUGGCAAUACAAGUGUCCUCAUCGACCAAUUGAGGCACAUUAAUCAGGUGAUUCAGUCGCAAUUGUCUCUCGCACCUGAUAUUGGAAUGCCAUUGGCUGACGAAGCUUUCGACGGAUCAGGAUCAGGGUCCUUGUCGGGAAGGGAUCGGGACAUGGAUGAUGACUUGGGAGACGACGAGGAUGGUCACGAUGCUUCCGGAUCAGGAAUGUUUCCACCAACCACACUAGAUCCUACGAACGAGAUAAUCCGUCGCAAAGAGAAUGCAGGGUCCGGUUCGACGACCAUAUUGGUAUCCCUCGUCGCUCUGAGCUCCAUCUGCAUCUCCCUCGUGGCUUAAUUCUCGACAUUAGCUUGCGGGAGAGCAAAAAGAGAAGCAAAACGAAUCGCAAGAUUCGCAAUCAGAGAUCAGCGAACAACCGAGUGCGUGCGUGGUGUCGGUACGGCGAAAACUUUUUGAUACUGAGACGAUCUUUUCGGAAGGAAACGCGACUUUUCAGCGAUUCAUCGCACCUCGCUUUUAUUGAAAAAAAACUAUGUAUUUUGAUUCUGCGAUUUUAAUCCUCGGUGGCCAGCUUUAAAUCAAUUGCCAUUUCUAAUCAAUAAUCAACUUUUUAAAAGACUUUUCAAGAUAUUCUGACGCUUCUAAUAUAUUUUAGGCUUUUUUUUCUUUUUUUUUCUUCAAAUGAUGACGCAUUUGCGAUAGAAAAUUGUAAGGCUCGUGAUGUGUUUGCGAUUACAUUUUCUGAAUUCUCUGAAUUUGUGAGACACUUUUGGUUUUGGGUUGUGAAUUUUUAUAAGUUUUUAGCUUACUAUUCAGUAUUCGAAUCUCUCUUGAUAUUUUAAAUUUUGCGAAGGAGGCUUCAAAUUUGCAGAGUUUAGAAAACUGUUUCGCGUGUAACGAGAUCGUAGAUAAUUUUCGCCCUCUGUGCAAGAAUCUUUUCGUUUCCCAGCUGCCUAAUUACGCAAUCAAUCGGAUGCGCAGAUUCUAUAUUGCAUCACAAAACGCCUCCGAAAUACAGUAAUUGCGUCCUGCUGAAAAAUAAAGUAUAGGAAAUUGGCCAAUUUGAUAGAAAUCGUAUACUUUUCUAUUAGCAGAUUCUCAUUAAAUCUCUGAAAUCUUAUCUACGCACAAUUUAUUUCAAAUAUUAGCUUCUGAGAUUUCAGAAAUAUGCAUCAAGUUUCAUUCAGAGAUAAAUCUGAUAUUUUUCUAUCUAUAGUUUCUCAUUAAAAUUCUAUCAAAUCUUAUUGGUACAGGACUUGUAUUGAAUACUGUGUUUUAAAAUGUUUAAAGUUUGUAUCCAACUUUAUCCCUCGAGAAAUCUUAUACUUUUCGAUCCAAAUUUUCUUUGUAGAAAAGAAAAUUUUUAUUUACUUGUAAAAACCUGGAAAUGUCAGGGAUUUUUGUUAAGUCAGGGAAAUUGGCUUCAUAUUACUGUAUUUAACUAUUUUGUUGAAAAAUAGUUUGUUUUUUGGUUUGAAAUUAAUUUUUUUAACUGAAAAUUUAAC